GAUAAAACAAAUAGUGCGACUGUCUUUUAAACAUCGAAUUUAUAAACGAAAGGCAUUUUCGUGUUAUGUUGACACUUAUACCUUACUUUAAUUUUGUUGAUGAAUUAAAAUUGAGUAUAUACCUUUAAACCUUUCAAAAACGUAGUCCAACCGCUACCAUAAUACUGCGUACAUUUAUAUAUUUAAUCCAAAAGGAAUAAUAAAAAGGAAGGAGCGUUUAAUUCAUGGAUAAUCCAGCUGGACCGACAGGAGUACAUUAUAAGAAGGACGGCGAUUCAGAGACUGUACAUUCUAAUACGAAACUAUUUAGUAAAGGAAACGGUUCCAAAAUGAACACUCGGCUUCUUUACACCGCAAUUGUCAUACUUGUUGUUCUGGUUAUAGCUUUAGCUAUAGCCGUGGCUUUGGUGGCGACGGACAACAAAAAUAAUGAUAAUGAUAAUAAUUCCGGUACGACAGAAGGAAUUAAAGACGUCACUACGCCAUCUGGAGAAAAUGGGGGCGAUAACUCUUACUGGCCGGUUCCAGAUUGCUCGUAUGCCGUAAAUAACGUGGAAAAAGCGAAAUGCGUGCUUGAUAGCUAUCCGCUUGUGGACGGCCACAAUGAUCUACCGUACCGUUAUCGAAUGUAUGCGAAUGCUUCGGUAUAUUCCGUUGACCUCAGAGAUGAUCUUCGUAUAGUUUGGAAUACAUCAUUAUCUCACACGGACAUUCCAAGAUUACGUGCUGGGAAGCUUGGAGCACAGUUUUGGGCAUGCUACGUGCCUUGUGGUUCACAAUACAAAGAUGCUAUAAGGUUGUCCCUAGAGCAGCUUGACGUCAUAAAGAAAUACGUUGCUAAGUAUCCGGAUACUUUUCAGUUCGUAACGACAGCUCAAGGAAUAUUGGACGCAUUUAGGGCGGGAAAAGUCGGCAGCAUGGUCGGCCUAGAGGGAGGUCACUCUAUUGAUAGUAGUUUAGGGACACUUCGGAUGUUUUACGACCUUGGAGUGCGAUACAUGACCGUGACCCAUAGCUGCAACACACCUUGGGCAGACAACUGGAUUGCUGAUACGCCAGAGUAUAAUGUGACGAAGGACGGAGAAAAACAUGGCGGACUUACAGAUUUUGGAGAGAAAGUGAUACUGGAAAUGAAUCGACUGGGCAUGCUCGUUGAUCUGUCUCACGUUGCCAAGGAUACGAUGGUUGACGCACUAAGGAUCUCCAAGGCCCCUGUAAUAUACAGUCACUCCUCGGCCUUCUCACUGUGUAAUCAUUACAGGAAUGUGCAAGAUGAUGUUCUUAAGAUGACGGUGAGGUUAACGAAGCGUACCAUGUUAAAGUACAUUCAUAUAUCUUAUUUUCUUUCAGAUCAUAUUGACUAUAUAAAGAAUUACAUUGGUGUAGACUUCGUUGCCAUAGGAGCAGACUAUGAUGGAGUUCCUUCGGUACCCGAGGGUUUGGAGGACGUAUCCACGUAUCCCGCACUAUUUGCCGAAUUAAUACGUCGUGGGUGGAAUGAAGAAAAUCUCCAAAAAUUGGCGGGAAAAAAUCUUGUACGAGCGUUCAUGCAGGCAGAAAAGGUUCGUGAUGAAAUGUCGUAUAUGGAUCCAUACGAAGAUAUUCUCCCAGAAAACGAAAGAUGGCCGGAAAACCAAUGUCGCACAGACUUUUAACGAAAUCAUAUCAUUUUCUGGAACGCUUAUUGUUUACUGUAAAAAUAGCGAAUAGCGGAGAUGUUUUUAUUCCAUAAACAGCUCGCAAUAAUAACAAAGUUGUGUUUAAUUUUUUAGUUUAUUUUCUACGAAUGAUUAAUUAUAUGCAAACAUACUGAUGUCAGAAAGUCGCAAUGUGAGAACUUAAUAUUCAAAAUUUGUUCCAUGAUUUUCUUAACAACAAUGGUUUAUUAUCAUAUUAUCGUUUGGGAUUAUAAUUAGAACAAUAUUGAGGUCAUUUACCGUGAGGUAAAUCCUUUGGCACGGACAAAAAUUAUAACAUAAAAGCAAUAUUGUUUCAUCAGAUUAUUUUAUGGUUAUGCACUAUAUUACAGUCAAACCUGUGAAAAAGUCAUCCAAUGGAGAUACCAAACGUUAUCUUUUAAAGUUAUGUGGCCUUAAUUUGGAGGUUAAUUCGUAUUUUAUUAAUGAAGGAUUGUUGAGGAGUGGCCUUUAUUAACAGUGUCAUCUAUGUUCGAUGGUGGUCUUUAACACAGGAUUGACUGUAGAAAAGAACUACAAUUUACUCCCGACUUAUUAAUACGCUCGUAUUUAUAGUGAACAAGUACUCAAAUCUUUUGUAUUAAGUUUAGAACAUUUUCUGUUAAGUUUAGAACAAACAAAAAAAAUUAUAUACUAAAAUCUAGUAAAAAUGUAAAAAAUGUUAAAUAUUAUAGAAGAGUCAACCAGUUAAAACUUUAGUCUUAUCUGACCAGUCAAUGCACUUGCUGUCGUCUGCUACUGUAUCUUUUUUUAAAAUUUAAUUUAGCAUUUUGAUAUUAAAAUUCUAUAUUUACAUAUCAAUAUAUCUAACAAAUGAAGCGCCCGUAAAAAUUCCGCCAAUUUCGCCAUUAUCCGUGUCCUAUUCGGCAAACUCCGUCAUUUUCAUAAUUAAUAUUGCAUACGCCAUUUUAAAAGUGUUUUGCUCAGGGUGUUUAUAACGCUUAUUUGAAGUGAUCGAUAAUCGGAAAGAGGCAAAAUGUAUCGGAUUUUGACAAAAUUUCCGUUACGGGUUAUACAUUUCUUUUAUAAUUUUAAAUUUGGUCCACAUUUUAUGGGCCUUUUUUGUCUCAGCGAUAUAUCUGCUUGUUUACUCAUACGAAUAUAGAGAUGAUGCUUAGAUCUAUAUUUUUCUUUUUUUUUUCUAUAGUCUUAGUGUUAAAAAGUCAAAUCUUGUUUAUUCAUUCUUGUCUUUCUUAUGUUUAUGAUAUUUCCUUAUAAUGGCUGAUUUGUAAUGUAUUUAGGACAGAAUAAAGCGUAAAACUGUA